CAAUAACAAGACGACAAGCGAGCUUUUCAUCUUUUCUCUGUUGUUCCUCUUUGUGUUCUAAAAAUCUAACAUUUACAAGUCAUUACACAAAAAGACCUGGAAGUUUCCACAUAAGGGGUACAGUACAGUGCUUAUUAGUAUCCAAAUUUUUGUCAUUCGAGCAUCUUAUAUAGAUCUCUCUCCCUCUUUCAAUAUCUCUAUUCCAAACACGCAAACUCUUAUCUGUGACACUGUCAGGGUUAAACAAGUUUCGAUUUUACUUGUUCAACAAGCAUAACAAAGACAUCAGGUUAGAAGCAUCAUGGCGAUUUUGAUUCCUCUGUUUCUUCUCUUCUCCAUUGUUACACAUUCAAACCUAGACGCGGCGGUUUGUGUGUGCAAAGAUGCAGACGAGCCAGCGCUUCAGAAGGUGAUAGACUACGCGUGUGGAUCAGGUGCUGAUUGUACACUGAUUCAGCAGACCGGAGCUUGUUUCCAACCAGACACCAUCAAGAACCACUGUGACGUCGCCGUUAAUAGCUUUUAUCAGAAGAAAGCUUCCACUGGCGCCACGUGUGACUUUAACGGCGCCGCCGUCAUCCCCACCUCGCCUCCUUCCAAUGCUUCAAGCUGUUUAUCUAGUUCCGGGGUUUGA